UAAAUAAAUACAAAUGGAGAAUCAUUUCAGGUUCUUGGACCUUAUGCGUCCAUUCCAGAGAUUAGUUCCCUCUAUCAUGGAGAGUAAAAGGAAGUCAAGCUUUUAUGAAAAGCUGAUCUGGACUGCAGUCACACUCUACAUUUACUUGAUAUGCUCUCAAAUUCCUCUAUAUGGAGCAGCACAAAAUUCAUCAUCAGAUCCAUUGUAUUGGGUGAGAGUCAUCUUGGCAAGUAAUAGGGGAACAUUGAUGGAGUUGGGAAUCUCACCUCUUGUCACAUCAUCAAUGAUCAUCCAGCUCUUUGUUGGAACAAAAUUAAUCAAUGUGAACCCUUCGAUUCCAGAAGACAAAGAAUUACUCAGUACUGCUGAGAAGUUGUUUGGGUUAUUGAUGACUGUCGGAGAAGCUGUUGCCUAUGUUUUAUCAGGGAUGUAUGGAAGAGUAUGGGAUAUUGGACUUAUCAACGCCACACUUCUUAUUCUUCAACUCGUAUUUGCAGGAGUUAUAGUCCUUCUUCUUGAUGAAAUGCUUCAGAAAGGAUAUGGGUUAGGCUCUGGUAUUUCCUUAUUUAUUGCAACCAACAUUUGUGAGAACAUUGUAUGGAAGGCUCUUUCUCCAAUUACUAUCAAAUCAGACUCAGGAACUCAGUUUGAAGGAGCAUUAGUCUCUCUUUUCCACCUCUUGGCAACAAAAAGUAAUAAAUGGGAUGCAUUGUAUCAAGCUUUAAACAGGCAAGAGGCUCCGAACGUUACGAAUUUAAUAGGAACAAUUUUCGUAGUCUUAGUGGUAAUUUACUUCCAAGGUUUCAAAGUAAACCUCACUCUUCGACAGAGAAAAGUUAGAGGAGUUACGUAUCCAUACACCAUCAAGCUAUUCUAUGUGUCUACCUUCCCCAUCAUCUUGCAGGCGGCAUUCAUCUCAAACAUUUAUUUCUUCUCACAAAUCUUGCACAAGAGAUUUAAAGGAAACUUGAUAAUAGAGCUUCUCGGAAAAUGGAAAGACGUGGAAUUCGGAGCUAGAUCAGUCCCAGUUGGUGGACUUGCUUACUACAUGUCCCCUCCUAGUGACUUCGCUCAUUUCAUUGGAGACCCAUUCCAUGGGCUGUUCUACUUGCUCUUCAUCACUUCUUCAUGUGCCAUCUUGGGAAGACUCUGGCUGGAAGUUUCUGGAAUGGGCGCAAGAGAUGUUGUGAAAUCUUUUGUGGAGCAAGAUCUCGUAUUGCAAGGAUUUGAGAAGGAAGGCUCAAUGAUUAAACAGCUCAAUAGAUACAUCCCAACUGCAGCAGCUCUCGGAGGAAUCAUGGUUGGAUUGCUAACAGUCUUUGCAGAUAUGCUUGGAGCUAUUGGAUCAGGUACUGGUAUUCUUCUAGCAGUCAAUAUCAUAUUCUCGUUCUUUGAACAAUAUGAGAAAGGAGGAAGAAGGUAG